UAUACAGAGCGAGAGAGAGACUUGUUGGUAUAAAAGCUCCCUCUCUCACGCACGCUCCCAUUUCUCCUGUGUAUUUCUAUUUUGUUUGUUUUUUUGGGGGGGGCACGACGGUGUGUUUUUGUGCCCUUGCAGUAGACAGAGGACUGAUAACUUCCCCAGGAUGAAUCAGCUGCUUGCAGUGACCACAGUGCUGGUGGCACUCUGCUGCCUCGGCGGCGUGGAUUCUUCAGCUUACGACAAGAUAGUCACCCACAGCCGCAUACGGGCCAGGAGUGAAGGACCCAAUGUGUGCGCUCUGCAGCAGAUCAUGCGGACCAAGAAGAAGUACUUCAGCACAUGUAGGAACUGGUACAAAGGCUCCAUCUGUGGCAAGAAGGCCAUAGUCGUAUUUGAGUGCUGUCCUGGGUACAUGAAGCUGGAGGGAAUGAGAGGAUGUCCGGCAGUGGCUCCCAUCGACCAUGUGUAUGGUACACUGGGGCUCAUAAAGGCUACAACCACACAACAGUACGCCGACAUGUCCAAGCUGAGAGAGGAAAUUGAAGGCAAAGGCUCCUUCACCAUGUUUGCACCGAGCAAUGACGCAUGGGAGCAGCUCGACCCUAAUGUUCGGGCUGCACUGGAGAGCAAUGUGAACAUCGAGCUGUACAACGCUCUUCACUUCCACAUGGUGAACCGCCGUCUCCUGACCAAAGACAUGAAGGACGGCAUGACUGUCAAGUCCAUGUACAAUGACCUGGGGCUCUACAUUAACCACUACUCAAACGGGAUUGUGACAGUGAACUGUGCCAGAAUCAUCCACGGUAACCAGGUGGCCACAAACGGUGUGGUGCAUGUGAUCGACAGAGUCAUCAGCGCAGUGGGCAACACCAUCAAGGAUGUCCUGGAUGUCAACGAUGAGCUCUCCUCCUUCAAUGCCGCAGCGUUGGCGUCUGGGAUGAUGGACAAGCUGGACCAGUCCGGCCACUAUACCCUGUUCGCUCCCACCAACGAGGCCUUCGACAAAUUGAACCCAGGCUACCUGGAGCGCAUCCUGGGGGAUAAGGCUGUUAUUGCAGCACUGGUGAACUACCACCUGUUGAACAGUGUCCAGUGUUCAGAAGCAAUCAUGGCAGGAACGGUGUAUGAGACUGCAGAGGGCAGCAACAUCGAGAUCGGCUGCGAUGGUGACAGUCUGACAGUCAAUGGCAUCAAGAUGGUGCUGAAGAAGGACAUCGUCACCAGCAAUGGCGUCAUCCACCUCAUCGACCAGGUGCUCAUCCCUGACUCAGCCAAGGAAGUGAUGGAGCUGGUGGGAGAGUCCCAGAGUACUUUCACCGACAUGGUGUCCGAACUGGGCUUAGCCGCUGCCAUGCGCCCGCAGACCGAGUACACACUUCUCGCUCCCCUCAACGCUGCGUUCACCAAUGAGGUGAUGUCAACGGAACAGAGUCUGCUGAGAUACAUUUUGGAAAACCACAUCUUGAAGCUGAAGGUUACACUGAGUGAGCUCUACAAUGGACAGCUGCUGGAAACACUGGCCGGCAAACUCCUCAGAGUCUUCAUUUACCGCACUGCUGUGUGCAUAGAAAACGCUUGUAUGGUGCGUGGCAGUAAGGAGGGAAGCAAUGGGGCCCUCCAUCUUAUGAAUACCCUCAUCAGACCGGCGGAGGAAACUAUCUACAAGCUCCUGAUUUCUGACGGACGGUUCAAGAUCUUCCUGUCACUGAUGGAAACUGCAGGUCUGACCGAUCUGCUGAAGCAGGAAGGCUCCUACACCAUCUUUGCGCCAACAGACGAUGCCUUCGACGGCCUCAGCAGAGAGGACUUUGCUCUGCUCAAAAGUGAUCUGAAUGUUCUGAGAACCAUUCUGCUGUACCACUUAAGCAAUGGCGUCUUUAUCAACGGAGGAUUGGAGGGAGGAGUUACCAAUCUGCUCAAAACCUUCCAGGGCAACAACCUACAAGUCAUGUCUGUUAACAACUCUAUCCACGUCAACUCUGUGGACGUUCCAGACAGUGACCUCAUGGCAACAAAUGGUGUGAUCCAUGUAGUGAAGAAUGUUCUCUAUCCCGGGGACCUUCCAGUGGGCCGUCAGGACCUGAUGGUUCUGCUGAAGAAGCUGAUUAGGUACAUCCAGAUAAGGUUUGUUUCCGGAUAUACUUAUUCUGAGAUCCCACUCACUUUCAUCAAGAAGACCAUCACAACUACUCAUUAUAUUCAAACAGUCCCUGACGUUACAAAGAUGGUCAAUGUCAUCGAAGGAGAACUGCCUGUCACAAAGGUGACCAAGGUCGUUGAGGGGGAGCCGGUGAUCACCAAGGUCACAAGAGUCAUUGGAGUAGAACCGACAGUCACUAAUGUGGUUGUCGAGGGGGAGCCGGUGAUCACCAAGGUCACAAGAGUCAUCGGAGCAGAACCGACAGUCACUAGGGUGGUUGUCGAGGGGGAGCCGGUGAUCACCAAGGUCACAAGAGUCAUCGGAGCAGAACCGACAGUCACUAGGGUGGUUGUCGGGGGGGAGCCGGAGAUCACAAAACUUACCAGGGUCAUUCAGGGGGAUCCCACCAUCACCAAGGUUACAAGACUUAUCGAGGGUGCAGAAUUUGAUGCUGAUGGAAAGACAAUUACAGGUGGAGCCCGAUACACCACGGGGAACGAGCCUCAUAUCAUUGAGGGCCCAGACUUUUCGAAAAUCACCACCAUCCAUGGCAACCCAAGUAUGAUUGAUGCGGAAUCAGACAGGAUUACCAAACUCAUCAAAGAGGGCAUUACAGGCAAAGCUAGCAGAAGACCUCCAGCUGGAAUGAGGAGGGCACGACUGGUCAGGCGUCACCACAAGCCAAGGCAGUGAACGCAGCAGAGAGGAAACACCUUCGGCUCACCGCAGAGACUGAAUGCACCUCGAGCGCUCCUGGUCGAGUGCUGGAGGAUCGAACAAAUGAUGGACGAACAGGGACAGAUCAAAUCAAUCCUUCUUUGUCCAAACCAACAAUAAUAGUUUACCAUUCAAUCUGGACCAUACUGUAUGUGCUAGGCAUGAUGUGUAAUAGCAAUGCAAUGAUAUUAGAAUACCCUUCAUGUAAGUAAUGUAUGUGUGCAUGGGAAAUAUGAAUUUGGGGUAGAUGGUGUGUUAGGUGAGAUAUAUUCUACCAUAGAGAUUUUUUUUCAAUGUUUGCUUUUUUUUCCUUCUCUUUUAAAAGGCACUUUGUAAACUUGGCUUGGGAAAAUUUGUGUAUGCUUUUUUUUAUGGUGCUCGCAUUCUGUACAAUGGCUGCGUUUUUUUAAAGACUAUGACAAAUGAAAAAGUGUCAAACAAUGUUUUGCUGCCAUUAGAUGCUGUACCGUGCCUCUGUAAAUGAUCACAUUGAGCGAUUAAAAAAACCUAAGAAUUUUUA